UCCGGUGGGUGUGUGGCGUCUUUUCCUCUCAUUCAGUGCGACGUUUUAUUUAAGUUGAAAGAUGGCGGCGGUGCAUCUCAGGAUCGGGGAUCUAGUGUGGGGCAAGCUGGGCCGUUACCCACCAUGGCCAGGAAAGAUAGUAAGCCCCCCCAAGGACCUGAAAAAGCCCAGGGGCAAAAAAUGCCACUUUGUGAAAUUCUUUGGAACUGAGGACCACGCCUGGAUCAAAGUGGAGCAGCUGAAGCCCUACCACGCCCACAAAGAAGAGAUGAUCAAGAUAAACAAAGGAAAACGGUUCCAGCAGGCAGUGGACGCCGUGGAAGACUACCUGAAGAAAGCCAAAGGGAAAGAUCAGAACUCUGACAGUAAAGGAGAAUCAAAAGGCAAAAAAACCUCCAACAAGCCGCUGAAGAUUCUAGAAGAAGAUGACGAGGAUCUCAGCGCGCUGAAGGACCCGUCAGAAAAGGACUUAACUGAAUCUGACCCUGAGCCGUCUGCUAUUGAGAGGCUGGGGGCCGAACCUGGUUCAGGAUUCAAAUGGGAAAGCAGUGUAGUUAAAAGCAACUAUGUUCUACAUGAAUAUAUGAACAGCUCUGUUUUGUUUUUUUCCCCACAGCCAGCGUCAUCCAUGGAGCCCAUCAGCAAGCGUCUGAAAAUCGUCGAAGAGGUCACAGGUUCCACUUCUAUCCAAGCAGCAGACAGCACAGCCAUCAACGGCAGCAUCACGCCCACAGAUAAAAGGAUAGGCUUCCUGGGCCUCGGCCUCAUGGGCAGCGGCAUCGUUUCCAACCUGUUGAAAAUGGGCCACGUCGUCACCGUGUGGAAUCGCACUGCAGAAAAGUGCGACCUGUUCAUCCAGGAGGGGGCCAGGUUAGGCCGGACCCCUGCAGAGGUGGCCUCCAUGUGUGACAUCACCUUCUCAUGCGUGUCAGACCCCAAAGCUGCCAGGGAUCUGGUGUUGGGCCCCAGUGGAGUUCUGCAGGGAAUCAGACCAGGCAAAUGCUACAUAGAGAUGUCCACCGUAGAUCCAGAGACCAUCACAGAGCUGUCCCAGGUGAUCACGUCGCGGGGGGGGCGAUUCCUGGAGGCUCCGGUAGCAGGAAGCCAGCAGCUCUCCAACGAUGGGAUGCUGGUUAUCCUGGCCGCAGGCGACAGGAGUGUCUAUGAGGACUGCAGCAGCUGCUUCCAGGCCAUGGGCAAGACCUCCUUUUUCCUGGGUGAAGCGGGAAACGCAGCCAGGAUGAUGCUCAUCCUCAACAUGGUCCAGGGCAGCUUCAUGGCCACCAUCGCAGAGGGACUCACCCUGGCUCAGGCCACCGGCCAAUCACAGCAGACCUUCCUGGACAUUCUGUCCCAGGGCCAGAUGGCGAGCACCUUCGUGGACCAGAAGUGUCAGAAUAUCCUCCAAGGUAACUUCAAACCAGACUACUAUUUGAAACACAUUCAGAAGGACCUGAGGCUAGCCAUCUCCAUGGGCGACAUGGCCAACCAUCCCACUCCAAUGGCUGCAGCAGCCAAUGAGGUUUACAAGAGGGCAAAAGCACUGGACCAGUCAGACAACGACAUCUCUGCAGUCUACAGAGCCUACAUUCACUAGAGGGAGAGGCCACCCAUCCUCUGGACCACGCAGUCUUUAAUCAUUUCUCUCUUCUGUCAUCUAAUGAGUUCCUGUUUUAAAUUCCAGUGGUUUUUAUUUCAUAUGCCCCAGUGCCAGCCAUGUUGUUCCCCCAUACUGGCCAGUCUGGGAUUUUCUUUGCUUUGUUUUCUACCUGGAGCAUUGCACAGACUGCACUGGGAAGGAAGGAAGGAAACUCCUCCGAUGGGUUCUGCAUCCGUGCUGCGGCGGCAGCGGUCCUGGGUUUGUGUGGCGCAGCAGUCCGCCGUGUGGCAGGAGCUCCGCGCCACACGUUGAGCUAAACCCUUUUAUUUUAAUUUGCCCAUGUGUGCAUUUUAAGUGUAAUCCUUUCUUUCAUCGUUUUUACUGUCAAGAAAAGCGAAACAGAAACCACCAAGAACCACUGCAUUGCCUUAAAACCGAACCCCUUCAAGUAUUUCUAUUUAUUUAUCUUCCCUGCUGGUCUUCUCGGCGCCGCGUGCUCGUGACCGGAGCGGGUGGGGUCUGUGAGGGCGGAGCCACAGCUGUGUAGGGGCCUUAAACUGCGCUAAAAGCUAUCACCACCAGAACCUGGGUUUGGGUUUCUGAUGGGUUCGGGGAGGGUUUUCCUAGAUCCGGGUUUGUUUUGUGUUUUAGAGAUGAGUUAAUGAAGAAAUCCCCGCGGCGGAAAUGAGUUUAGCAAUGAGCUGAAGAAAAAGACGUCUGUGAACUGAAACCUUUAACUGGUGGGACGACCUUUAUCUGGCGGUGAAUGGAUUGCGGACGCGUCGGGCUGCAGGUGUUUGCUUUCACGCAGUGAAGCUAAACCCGCUUCCUGACCACGUCCCUGCAGACGCGGGAAUCAGACGGCGCUUUUCUCCUCACACUCUGAGGAAAUCUGAGUUCUGCUUUUAGACGCAGCGUUCUCCACAUUCAGCAGGAACUUUUACUACAGCGGCCAGAAAUAAAAGGACGGGAAAUGAAUUUACCUUCAGUAGAAGGACGACGACUCUGAUCUACGUAGAAAGAAUUAAUUAUUUUGGAGCUUUAGUUUUCAUUGGGUUUUACUACCGGCAGAAAUUUUAUUUUUAAAAAAUCUUUACGUUUGGAAAAAAACAAUUUUUCAAUCACCAAUGAUUAAUAAAUAAGCAGCAAUUUCCUUUAAAACCUGAGUUUUUAUCAAUGAGUUUCAUCACAUGAAGGGCUAAAGAUUUAUUUUUUAAACCAAACAAUUUUUUGACAAAUUGAACAAAUGAAUUUCCAGAGAAAUUUUGCGUAAUUCCCGUUUUGCAGAGUUCUGCUGCUCCUCCGUUGAGGAGAACCGAAGGA